ACGGGUGGCACUUAUGAUUGGACAGAAGAGGAGCAGGGAAGGGUUCUCUGCUUCUUUUAUAUAGGUUAUCUCAUAACGCACAUUCCCGCUGGAAUCGUAGCUGACCGAUACGAGGGAAAAUGGAUUCUAUUAAUUGGAGUGUUUAUUUCGGCAGUUUCGACAAUCUGCUCACCUCUUUCUAUAUACUAUACGGGCCAUGAAGGUUUGAGUAUUUUACGAAUAUUUAUGGGUCUGGGUCAAGGAACGAUAUUUCCAGCUCUAACUGUGCUAUUGGCACAUUGGAUUCCGAAAAGAGAACGAGCUGCAAUCGGUGCUCUAGUUUUAGGUAGCGGACAAAUGGGCACCAUUAUAUCCUUUAGCGGAUCAGGUAUUCUACUUGAACAAUAUCCCUGGUCAUAUGUAUUUUAUAUGUUUGGCGGCUUAGCUCUCCUGGGUAUACUUUGCAAUGGGCCUGUUUGGGCUGCAAUAGCCGCUCAAAUAGGUCACGAUUUUGGGUAUUAUAUUCUGGUCACCGAUUUACCCAAAUACUUUCAUGAUGUCUUAAAUAUAAAUACAAAGGAAAAUGGUUUUUGGGCAUCCCUGCCUUAUUUGGCGAUGUGGGUUUGCGUAAUUGCUGUAGCUGCUAUUGGACCAUCAAUAUUAUUUGUAUUGGCUUCAUAUGCCGGCUGUGACAAGCUUUUGGUCAUUAGUGCGCUAACUGUAUCCAUGUUUUUAAUGGGUCCAUUUUUUUCUGGAACGAAAUUAAAUCCAAUGGAUUUAAGCCCAAAUUACUCCGGGUUUCAAAUGGCUCUUGGUAAUGGCUUGGGAGCUUUGACAGGCGUAAUAGGACCAUAUUUAGUGGGUGCCAUGACUCCAGAUGGCAAACUCACUCAAUGGCGUAGGGUUUUUUGGAUAUCGUUUGUCGUUCUAAAUACAUCUGCGACCAUUUUUUUCAAUUGGGGGUCUGCUGAAAUACAGGAAUUCAAUGAUCCCGUUACGUAUUACAAUAGGCGUAAUGCGAAAAAAGAAGAGAAACGAUUAGCUAAAGAGGGAUAA